UUGGCUGCAUAUCAUCAGAAGUGUUUGGCUUUCGAAUCGAAUUUCAUGUCCAUAGUCGAUCGAUCCCACGUCAUCGAGCUCACGCUCGAGGCGUCCGUCAUCACGGAUCAAAUGUCACCUCGGCGGCAUUGUUCGUUCCCUUUGGAGAUGGUCGAGCGCUCUCUAAUGCCGUUAGUUUCCAAAAUCCACGCGGGUUACUUCAGGAUAAGCCUGUCUUUAUGUAGCCAGGCCUUGCUGUGGAGGACCCUGGGCGAGCCGAUUGCGGACACCCACAGUACCAUCCGUGGCAUCUUCCAUGUCAUGCCCUCCACCGCCUUCACGCUGCUCUGGUCGUUGGCCUUGUUCACGUUGGCUCUGCUAUCCUUCUCGUACGUCCUAAGGUGCCUACUCCACUUCGAGAUGGUGAAGUCCGAGUUCUUGCACCACGUCAGCGUGAACUACAUGUUCGCACCAUGGAUUUCAUGGCUCCUCCUUCUCCAGUCAUGCCCCUUCAUCGCCCAGAAAACCUUGCCGUACCAUGUCCUAUGGUGGAUCUUCAUAGUACCGGUGGUGGCGCUCGACAUUAAGAUAUACGGGCAAUGGUUCACGAAGGGUAAGAGGUUCCUAUCAACGGUGGCGAACCCGACAUCUCAACUGUCGGUGAUUGGGAACCUGGUGGGGGCGAGGGCGGCAGCCCAAAUGGGGUGGAGGGAGAGCGCGAUAUGCAUGUUCUCGUUAGGGAUGACGCAUUAUCUCGUGAUAUUUGUCACGCUCUAUCAAAGGUUAACGGGGAACAAGGGCCUGCCGGUGAUCCUGCGGCCGGUUUUCUUCUUGUUCAUCGCGACACCGAGCAUGGCUAGUCUCGCGUGGGAUUCAAUCUCCGGAAGCUUCGACGAAUCGGCCAAGAUGCUCUUCUUUCUGUCACUCUUCCUCUUUAUGUGCCUGGCGACGAGACCAAUGUUGUUCAAGAAAUCGAUGAGGAAGUACAACGUUGCGUGGUGGGCGUACUCGUUCCCACUGACGGCGCUGGCCUUGGCAUCGGUGGAGUAUGCGCAGGAGGUGAAGGGCAGGUUUGCCCACGACCUCACGCUCGUUUUGUCCUCGCUCUCCGUCCUCAUCUUGCUCUUGCUCAUGGUCCUCACCGCCGCCAGCUCGAACGUGCUCUUACCGGCUGGUCCGCCGGAUGACGACGUCUCCAGCUCAAUGCCUUGACUUUUUAUUUUCUUAGAUGACGGAGUACGACUAGGAGUAUUGAUUGACCAUUAAUUGAUUUUGACAAUUUGUAAGGCUUUGCUGGAAAAUUCUACGGUGGGUCCGGGGUAUAUAAGCUACAUGAAACGUGAUACAUAUUAGUU